GACCAACUUCCCCACAGGCCCUAGCAUCUGGGAUGGGCACAAGGGCGGCAAGGAUGCCCUGUGGGCCCGGCCCCCUAUUCUGGCCCCUGCUGUUACUGCUGCCCAUAAAGCCUAGCAUCCCCAACGCUUCAAAGGUUUCUGGGAUAGCACCGGGAAGACCACUGCCACAGCAAGGCUGGGAACCGUCGGCCAGCAGGAACCAGUAUCCUGUGAACAGACCAGUGUGUGGGAAGCCGAAGAUGGUUGGGAAAGUAUUCGGUGGCCAGGACACAUUGGCUGGCCAGUGGCCAUGGCAGGCCAGCCUGCUGUACCGGGGAGUGCAUCUCUGUGGAGCUGUCCUCAUUGACACCCACUGGCUGGCUUCUACAGCCCACUGUUUUCGAAACAAAUCCCAGGCCCCAGAGGACUAUGAGGUUCUGUUGGGGAAUAAUCAGCUGUACCAGGAAACGAAGCACACUCAGAAGAUUUCUGUGAACCAUAUCGUCAGUCAUCCAGACUUUGAGAAGUUUCAUUCUUUUGGAAGUGACAUUGCAAUGCUGCAGCUGCGUCUGCCCAUAAACUUCACAUCCUAUGUUGUACCUGCCUGUCUCCCAUCCAAAGACACACAGCUCUCCAACCACACAUCCUGUUGGAUAACUGGUUGGGGAAUGCUUUCUGAAGACACAAAACUGUUACCACCAUUCUCACUCCAGGAGGGUGAGGUGGGCAUCAUUGACAAUGAGUUCUGUAAUGCCUUGUACGGGCAAACACCAGGCCAAAGCAGGAACUCUGUAUAUGAGGAAAUGCUGUGUGCAGGGGGGCUCUCCACAGGAAAGUCCAUCUGUAAGGGUGAUUCUGGGGGCCCUCUCAUCUGCUACCACAACAGUACAUGGGUCCUGGUAGGACUGGCCAGCUGGGGCCUGGAUUGCCGGCAUCCCGUUUACCCCAGCGUCUUCACCAGGGUCGCCUACUUCACUGACUGGAUCAGCCAAGUCAAGAGACUCACUCCACUUCCAGAACCUGUAUCUGUGUCUCUUCACACAGAACUUCAACCCACACCUCUGAAGGCUGCUGGCUCCCCACAACCCUGCAACAUCCUUAUGGCUGCACAAAUCUGGUUCCUGAUGUUAUUUAUCCUUGAAGCUCCAAAGUGGACCCCAGAGUGAGCACCAGGCCUUUAAGCAUUAUUUACUCAGGGUUUUUUUUUUUUUCUUUUUCUGAGAUACAGCCUCCACUCCUUAGUUUACCAUCUGCACCUUUUCCUCAGCAUAUCUGGCCAUUCACGGUUACUACCCCCAAAAGCAUAG